AUGGGUUGUGUGUUUUGCAGAGAUCCUUUACCGACUGCCCAAGACAAAGUCCCUAUUGAAUUCACGCCAGUGAUAAUUGAUAAAAACUCGAGAGGCCGAUCUGGAAAUUCUGUACAGUCGGAGCGCAAAAACGAUCGACAGCAUUCGAAUUCAAAAGAAAAAGGCAAAACUUAUGUAGCUAUUUAUGAUUAUGAUGCCCGUACGGACGAAGAUCUGACAUUUCGAGUAGGUGAAAUACUUAUUGUCUUCGAUGACAGCCAAGAAGAUUGGUGGCCGGCAAAACAUUCCCAAACUGGUUUGAAAGGUUAUAUUCCAGCUGUUUAUGUAGCGCCGCAUGGUGGAUUAGAUGUCAAUGUUUGGUUUCACAAUAAUGUGUUGAGAAAAGAAGCCGAACGACUAUUGUUAAAUCCAGUUAAUGCACGAGGAUGUUUUCUAGUUAGAAAUUCAGAAAACGCACCUGGUCCCUAUUCAUUGUCCGUCCGUGAUGCAGAUGAUCAACGUGGUUCUCAUGUGAAACACUAUAAAAUACGUUCAUUAGACGCAAAGCAGGGCUAUUAUAUAGCACCAAGAAGAGUAUUUAAAACAUUAGAAGAAUUAGUCAAACAUUACAGUGAAAAUGUCGAUGGUUUAUGUUGUCAGUUAACUAUUGCUUGUCCUCGACCAAAACCGACUACAUGUACAAUAUCAAAAGAUGUUUGGGAAGUACCAAGGAAUAGUUUACAGUUUAUAAGAAAAUUAGGUCAAGGAAUGUUUGGAGAAGUGUGGGAAGGUAAAUGGAAUCGAACGACUGAUGUAGCUAUAAAAACGAUGAAAGCAGGUACAAUGUCUACGCAAGCAUUCGUUGACGAAGCAAAUAUAAUGAAAAAAUUACGUCACGAUAAAUUAGUUCAAUUGUAUGCCGUAUGUACCGAGCCUGAUGAUCAACCCAUUUAUAUAGUCACAGAAUUGAUGGCAAAUGGAAGUUUACUCGAUCAUUUACGUAGUGGCACCGGUCGCGAUUUACGACUACCGACUUUAGUUGACAUGGCGGCACAAAUUGCUGCUGGAAUGGCAUAUCUUGAACAUGAACACUAUAUUCAUCGUGAUUUAGCAGCGAGAAAUGUAUUAGUGGGAGAUAAUAACGUGUGCAAAAUUGCUGAUUUUGGACUAGCCAGAAUCAUUAACGAAGAUCAAUAUGUGGCUAAAGCAGGUGCCAAAUUUCCUAUCAAAUGGACAGCGCCUGAAGCAGCUAUCUAUGGAAAAUUCACUAUUAAAAGUGAUGUAUGGUCAUAUGGAAUUUUGCUUUAUGAACUAGUUACACAUGGACAAAUACCAUACCCAGGUAUGGCAAAUCGCGAAGUUUUAGAUCAAAUUCAACGUGGUUACCGUAUGCCACGUAGUGAAUCUUGCCCCGAGAAAAUUUAUGAAUAUAUGCUACGAUGUUGGGAUUCCAAUGCCGAUAAUCGACCUACCUUUGAAUAUUUACAUAUGUUUUUUGAUGAUUUUACAGCAUCAUCUGGUCCCCAAUAUCAUGCACAAAAUUGA